AUGUCUGCUCCACAAGGCGGUCUUCAGACGGCCCGGACUGCUGGUCCAAACCAGUCAGGGUACGAUCCCAAACGUGGACGCAAAAAGCCUCCCAGCAAUGGCCAGUCCAGGAAGCCAGGCCGGCCUAGCAACCAGAAUGUGUACGUUAGACCCAAGAGCUCCAGGAAUGACGGCAGCAAAACCACGUAUAGACGGCCACGUGAUGGUCAGCGGGCCGCCUCGGGACCUUCUAGCACCCAAGGUCCGCCAGAUCAGGUGAAACAAGAACAGAGCCUGAUUUUCAGCCAGGGUCAGAACCAGAACCAAGGUCUACUGCGACGCCUACGAGGCCACAAACCGCAUGUCUACGUGAAGCCUACGCCGAAUAACCAAAAUACUGAUAAUGGCGAGCUCGGCUCUUUGUUUGACGAUCCUUCAAGCUACGGGUUUCUGGCACAGUCUAAACCCAGAGCCCAACGGCCCGUACCUAGAUUUAUGCUUUCCCAGCCCAGAAUGUUGAUCACGCCCGAGUUCAAGCCCAAUGAGUGGGACAAACAAAACCAGGAGAAGAUGCUCGAAAUAGAGGCAUCCAACGCUGGGAGAGACUACCAAGGCAUAUACGAGGACUUCCAGAAAAUGAGGGAUACAGAGCGGAAGAAGAUGGAGGAAUUGGGACUAGUGGACGCUGAAAACACUACAAAGGACUUGAACGAGGCCAUUGUGUUCCAGGGAACCUGCCUCGACAUGUGUCCCGUGUUUGAAAGGGUCCGUCGAGCACUAGAGAACAACGUGAAGUCGCUUGAAAAAGACCCAGUUACAAACAAGAUUUCUCGAGAGAGAGCCGUCAAAGCAUUCUCGCGUCCUGCUGCGGGCCAACCACCUCUGAUGCCUUCAGACGUGAGACCACCACAUGUUCUUCAAAAAACACUAGACUACAUUACAGAGAAUGUCUUGGAGCAACUUCCCGAAGCACACUCAUUCAUUUGGGACAGAACUAGAUCUAUAAGACAGGACUUCAUUUAUCAGAAUUUUUAUGGCCCCGAGGCCAUUGACUGCAACGAGCGGAUCGUGCGUAUCCACUUGCUUUCCUUACACAUAAUGGCAGGUAGCGACGUGGAGUAUUCACAGCAACAAGAGCUUGAACAACUUAACAAGGCUCUUCAAACUCUUACGGAGAUUUACCAGGACGUCAGAAACCACGGCGGUAUUUGCCCCAACGAGGCAGAAUUCAGAGCAUACCAGUUAAUCAGCCAUUUCAGAGACCCUGAGUUGGAGCGAGAGGUUCAGACGCUCCCUGAUGAAAUCCUUAAGUCAAAGCAAGUUCAGCUCGCCCUCCGACUUCGAACACUAAUGUCCCAAAAUAAUGUCAUCGAAAGAGGGUACUCUAAUUCAGUCGGAGCUCUCAACUUUUUCGUCGAGUUCUUCCGUCUAGUCUACCACCCUGAAACGCCCUUCCUUCUUGCAUGUUUACUCGAGACUCACUUCAACGAGUACCGCUUUUACGCCCUCAAAUCCAUGACCAGAGCUUAUCAUACAAAAGGCCGUGCAUUCUUAGCCACCUCGCUUCAAGAAAUGCUAGGUUUUGACUCAAUUGCAGACUUAGUUUCUUUUGUGGAGUAUUACGAGGUCGACACGUUCUAUGAAGAUGGUAACCUUCUAGUCGACUUGUUCAACAAGGAAAAGUUGGAAACAAAAUACAAACUCAAUUGCUACAACGACAAGCCAAAACUUUCUCAAGCAUACUCCGAACAAUUAAAUGCCAAAUCCAAGGGUCUCAGAUACAAGGAUUAUGUCAACUCUGGUCUCUCCAAUGCGGACUUGCAGCUCAAGAGAACUACACAACCCAUCAUCGCCCUGGUUCCCAAAAAGCCCAUCAAGGCAUCUAAUGCAUCCAAGGCAGCCGAUUCUAUGACAUCCGUAUUUGGUACAUUUGGCCUGGAGCCCGCCAAAGACUCAUCUCAGACAUCAGCCAAUAACCAGACUCCUUCACUGUUUGCUUUUGGACUGGCACCGUCAUCUUCUCAGUUUGGGCAGCCUGCGCAGCCAUCCAAGGGAUUUGGCGGGUUUGGCCUGGGCUCAGGCUUUGGAUCUGGUUUCAGUCUGACACCACAAAGUACGCUGAAUGUGGGCUCCUUGAACCUCGAGGACUUUUUGAAAUCACAAAAUGGCUCGGCACCGAAAGCUGACACUAAACAACAACCCACUAGUGUUUUUGGACAAGCUUCAGCCAAAGUGGAGACCCCAGUUGAAGCUCCCAAAGCCGCAAUUACACCAAAGGAGCCACUCAUUAAAUCAGAAGACCCCGCUGCAACAGAUAAGGCUGCACCCAAGGUCACCUUUGGCGCUGCUGUCAGCUAUCCUUUUGACUCAACAGCGCAACCAAAUAAAGAUUCGGGUUUCCAACCAAAGGUUGUUGAUUUGAAGGAGGAGAAAGCGCCAACAUUCAGCUCCACGCCAUCGCUUCCAGCAUUAACGAAACCAGCACCACCUAUAGAGACAGCACCACCAAAGUUUGAGCCCAAACCGGCCCCUGCGUUGCCAGUGGUCUCUACACCAUCGAAGAUUACAGAUAUGAAGAACUAUCCCAAAGCAGUGCAGGCCACAUUCGAUGAUAUCCUUGCUCAGGUUGUUGACGAAGAGCUCCACAAGAUGCUUCCUCGAAUCAUCAAGUACGAAAAUAGAGCUACUGAGAGGCAAAAGUUGAUUGGCGGUCUCGCGAACGAACUUUACAAGGCAUUCUUAGACGAGGUCACAUAUGAGUCAGCUUUGAGAGCCCAAGCUGAUAACUUCCUGAAGAAGCUAGCCGUCAAGAAAACCCUUCAAGCUUUGCGUUCAAGCUAUGAGAAAAAGAAGGCCAGCAAUAGUCAAAGAAAGCAGAAGCUCCAGGAGCUUCAAUCGAUUUCCUUCAAAAGGCCAUUGCUCAAGAGAGUCUCACUGUCAAGCUCUAUGGAUGGACUGUUUAGAAAGAGAGUCCAUCAUUCUCCAAGAAACGAGAGCUUCCAGCACAUGAGUGAGAAGCAACUGGCGAUCGAGGAUCUUUGGAAACCGAUCAAUCUCGACAAAUUCGUCGAUACAUGUGCUUCCAACAUAAAAGCCCCCAAUGUUAUCGACAUCAAGUGCUUGAUGAUUGUCGAGGAUUGGGCAUUGGCAUACUCGAAAUGGUUAAACACGAAAUUCAACUUGCUGGUCUCUGAAGACGGCCAAUUUUACAGAAACACCGUGGCCAACAGCAAAAUCAAGCUCGAUAUCGAGAGUUUACCCAGCGGUAAUGUCCUCAAAGAAAGCUCGUUUAACCAUAGUGCCUUUUUGGUUUUUGAAUGUGGCCUUGCUGACCAGAAACAGGCAGAACGGUACGGGAGCUUGCAGGCCAAGCUCGAGCGAGACGGAAGCAUUCUUCACAAGCUUCUCCAAAUAUGCAACCGUUAUUGCCUUUACAAGGUGCAAGUUCUUUUAGUACUUUGGGACACACAAGGUGUGAGAUUGGGACCUCAAGAGGUCAAACAGCUAAUGCGUCUCGAGGAGAUUCCGAAAGACAUUGUGCAAGAUUUGGUUCUCUGCGACAUGUCGUCUAGCGAGGAAAGUGUUUCGGAGACUCUCAACAAGGGAAUGGCAAGGAUGAGCGAGCGGUUCAAGGGUAAGCUUACUGCUCGUGGAAUCAAGAAGAAGGCCAAACUAGAGGCCGAGAUGGAAAGGAGGAAACGGAAGGAAGAAGAGGAGUCCAGAAGGAUGAGAACCACUGAGGAAGCCGAGACCACUUUAAGGGCCAAGGAAGCAGAGGCACUUAAAAGGGCAGAACAAAGCCGGCAGAUGGGCUAUCUCAACAAGCACAUCAACAAUCUGAUGGACUUGAGCAAUGCAUCGUUCCGCACAGCCGCCAACACGACUCGUGGUUUCAACACCACUUUGGGGAACAACACCAUGCUCAAUCUUAACAAUUCCUUCUUGAAUCAUGACACCAAGGACAUGUCCGUGCUCGGUUCGUUUGGGCCCAAUGUGAGCGUUUUGGAGGAAAGCACACCAAAAAGCCGGGAAAUGGACUAUUUCAAAGACGCUGCAAAGAACUUCUCUUUGUACGAUGCCAAGGCGUACGUCCGUAAAGCUCAGAAUGUCGCCAUGAACCUUUCAGAAAUGGAGGCCAAGGUCCGUGAGGCUACCAACAACGAGCCUUGGGGUGCCUCGACCACAUUGAUGGCUCAGAUCGCCGCCGGUACCUACAAUUACAGAGAAAGAGAAGAGAUUCUCAGCUUUGUCUUUAGAAGAUUCACUGAAAAGGCUGCCAACGAAUGGAGGCAAAUCUACAAGUCUUUACAAUUGUUGGACUACCUUGUGAAGAACGGAUCUGAGCGGAUUGUCGACGACGUGCGGGCCAACUUGUCGUUGAUCCAGAUGUUGAAGUCGUUCCACUACAUUGACUCCAAGGGUCGUGACCAGGGCAUCAAUGUGCGUAACCGUUCCAAGAACCUUGUUACUUUCUUGAACGACGACGCUUUGAUCCGUUCCGAGCGUAAAAAGGCGAGAGCCAAUCAGAAGAAGUUUGGCGGUGUGUCCUCUGCUGCUUUUGGCGGUGCUUCUUCCAUCACCACAGGCUACGGCCAGGAAGACGGCGACUUCACUUCCAGAGUGUACGGUGACGGUGGCGUUUUUGGCGCUCGUUACGACGACCCUGCCGACGAAUAUAGAAACGGCAGCUCUGGAAACGACAACUACGAGGAAUACGACGUGGAGGCCACCUCUUCCAACCCUGGCCGCUCCAAGAGCACCACGGGCUCUUCGAAGGUGAAUGCCACUGCCAAAAAGGCCGCUCCUGAGCCUGAUCUUUUGGGCGACUUGGUGAACUUUGACGAUGACGCUGGCACCAGCGCUCAGGCUUCCAGCACGGCUGCUCCUGCUGCUGCCGCCGCUGACGACGACGAUGACGAUUUCGACGACUUCCAGGCUGCUCCCUCCCUGAACAACACCGGCAGUCUCCUGAACAACUUGGCCAGUCUCUACGUUUCACAGCCAGCUGCUGGCCUGAGGCAGCCUUCACAGACGUAUCAGCAGCCAACCUACACGCCUGCCAGCAGCAAUUCGUUCGGUGGUGCUGUUCUGACGGGCCCAGCCAAGCCUUCUGCCAACAACGAUGCUUUCUCGUCGCUCUUCUCCAGCGCUAAGACUAAAACCACACACAAGCCUGCUGCCAAGACGAGCCAACCGAAGGAGCAGGACGAUGACUUUUUCGGUUCUCUGAGCAGCCAGCCAGCGCAGCCCAGCCAACCCAGCAAGCCCGCCAGCAACGGUAACAACAAUGGCGAGAUUGACUUGUUGAGCUUUUAG